GAAAAGGGAGAUAACAAGGUUAAAAACUUAAAACUAACAAACAAACCCUCAUACUUCCAACUCCCAACUUCCCCAAAACAACACAACACAAUCUUCUUCUCUAUGCUCUCCUUCUCUCUUCUUUUCUUUUCUCUCAAAAUAAAACCCUAUCCCUAAUUCUGCAUUUCUAAAACAAAGAAUCGAAUUACAGAGAAAUGUCGGAGAUUCAACCGGCGGAGGGGCAGAUAAACGGCGGAAGAACCCUAAUUCCGACCACCACCGAACAAAUCGCGACGAAACGGCAGAGAAGGCCGAGUGUCCGAUUGGGCGACAUCGGCGUCGACCCACCUUACGAAUCUCACGGAAGACGCAACACCAAGAGCUGGAAACUCGCCUUCGAUCAUCCCCGCAAGGAGAAAGAUUCCAACUCCGCAGGUAAACCUUCAAAGACUCGACCUUUAACUAAUUUGACCGGUUUCAAUGAAACCCUAGACGGUGAAGAAAGAGAAGGGAACGUUGAUAGUACGGUUGCAAUUGGUAGCUGGAAGGUUAAGGAGUCCAAGAAAAGAGGUCCUGUUGCUACCAAGAGAGCUAGAUCGAGCUGGGUAUCGAGAAUCGAUGAUACCGGUGGCGGCGGUGGAGUUGGUGGUGGUGGUAGUGGAACUGGUGGUGUUGAGUUAGAGGAAAAAUAUAGUGGUGCUGAAGAUGUGGAAGAUGGGUAUAGAGAAUUCGACAUGGAGAAUUCAGAGAGUCCUUUGAAAGAACAAAGCCCUAUUCAUUCGAUGGAGAAUUUAGGGAUUGAUGGGCAUAGGAGGUCUUUUAAGAGUAGGGAUCAUAAUGAUGGGAUUGAUUUAUCUGGGCCAUCUGAAAAUGAUGUGAGGAAUGAGAAUGGUGGGAGGAUUAGGUCUGGCGAAGACGGGAUUAGGAUUUGGCUUAAUGGGUUGGGAUUAGGUCGUUAUGCGCCGGUGUUUGAAGUGCAUGAGGUUGAUGAUGAGGUUUUGCCAAUGUUGACACUGGAGGAUCUUAAAGAUAUGGGGAUUAAUGCUGUUGGAUCGAGAAGAAAACUGUUUUGUGCGAUUCAGAAGCUCGUUCUAGCAGGGAAGGAGAGGAUUCUCAGGCAUAGCAAAAUUCGGAUGCUUGUCUGAACAGAGUUCUAAUGUGUUCCCGCUUGACUUUUUUUUUAGACUUGGAAUCGUUAGUUUCUCGUUUGAGAAACAAUCUUUUUGAAAUCCAGUGCAAGUACAUAUAACUGCAAGUUUUGUUAGAACAAUUCUUUGUUUUUCGUUUCC